AUGCUGCUCAACGAAGUCGCCAAACUCUUCAAGCGUGUCGUACAUGCUUGCCUCGUCGAGCACCUCGAGAUGGUCGAUCCAAAUUUGGCCGAGAACCACUUCGGAUUCAGGAGGGGACGUUCCACCGUCCACGCGAUUCUGCGGGUGACACAGGCGAAGGAUGCAGUGGGUAAAGGCCGAGUAGUUAUAGUGGUCUCGUUGGACAUAUCAAAUGCGUUCAACUCCAGAUGGCUAUAUACUGCGGUGGUACGACCAAUCACGACCUAUGAAGCUGUAGUCUGGUGGCCCAGAACCAAACUAUCCACAGCUAGAAACAAACUGCAGCAAUUUCAGAGAUUAGCGUGUACAGCUAUAACGGGCUGCAUGAAAACUACACCCACAGCUGCUUUAGAGGUCCUGUUGGAACUGCCGCCCUUGAAUCUGUUUAUCCAACAAGAGGCAGCCUCAGCAGCAGUCAGGUUAAAGACACUCAAGCUCUGGGGUACAGCAAUAGGCGCCCACGCCGAAAUUCUGGAAGAGGCCAUCAACUACAAACCACUGAUGGCCGCUCCCAAUGACAGGGUACCCAAACAAUAUAUCUUCGGAAAAAACUACACCGUUAGGCUGACCGAAGAACAGUAUGACUGGUCUGGCACACACGAACUGCGAAUAUACACCGAUGGGUCUAAGACCAGGACAGGAUCGGGGGCAGGUGUGUUCUCACCAGAAAUUAACAUCAAGAUAUCAAUGGCCUUAGGCGCACACAGUUCCAUCUACCAAUGUGAAUGUGUCGCCAUCACGGAGGCAUCCAAAGCAGUGGAAAAGCGGGGCCUUAUAGGCCACAAAAUACGUAUUGUUUCCGAUAGCGCUGCUGUAUUACGAGCCCUUGAUAGCAAGACCAUUCAAUCAGGGCUUAUACUAGAAUGCCACCAAGCACUGGAGGGUAUAGGAAAACAUAACUCAGUUACCCUACAGUGGAUCAAAGGGCACAGUGGCUCUCUAGGAAAUGACGCAGCUGACGAGCUGGUAAAAAGAGGGUCGGACCAGACCUUAUUGGGUCCCGAACCAAUCAUGUCGCUCCCCUUUUACCAGCUGAGAACAUGGCUGCGUCACAGAACACAUAAACUACAAGCGGAUCAAUGGGCCCUCUCCUGUGGAACAUUGGGCACGACUGGGUACUCCGUGGGCGUCGGCGUGACGUGUUACGCUGAUGACACGUUGGUCACGGCGACGUCCAAGACCAUCCAGGGCGCCGCUAUCUUGGCAGCGGUAGAUAGUGCUCUUUCCGGCCUGCUGCCCAACCUGGAAGGUCCUGGUAUCCCUUACCGAAGGUUCUAA